UAAUAAUCUGAGCGAAAGUUAUCGAGUGAGCAUGUGACGAGCGAUUGAGUGAACAAAAGCCUGGUUUCUAAAAUCCCUAAAACCCCAAAACACCCUAUCAAUACUCUCCGAUCAUGACGACGCGAGAUUCUCCGAUGGCGAGGGAGGAGAAAAAUGACGGCAAUAUGGUUCGCUUUCGCUUGAUAUUCGACGAUCCUCAUCUCCUCGAUAAGUCACAGCGCUCACUGGGACUUCGCCGCUGCUGGUUUCUUCUUAAACCCGACAUCACAGUCAUUGGUGACCUGGCGUCCCAAAUACGCGAGUGCUUUGGUCUCCGUCAUCGCAUUGUUCUUUCUAUGGAUGAUUUUGUCUUACCAUCAUUUGAAUCGACGUCCAUCAUCAAAGAGAAGGAUAUAGUCAGGGUAAAAAGGAAGGAGGCCAAACAAAAGGAUAUUUGCAAGCCUAAUGAUGGUCAAAAUAUCUUCCAAGAUUCUGAAAAUGCUGGGGUGCAAGGCUUGGAUUUCAGUAAAAAUCUUUUGGUAGAUGGGUAUCCUCAAGAAAAUUCUCUUAGAAAUGGAAGUUAUGAUAAAGAUGUUUUGACUCUAUACAUGGAAAAUUCAAUUCAUCAAGACCCUCCUGGUGAAGUUGGUUCCACAAAACCAAAGAGAAAAUGUUCAAAGAAACUUUCAGAUUCAAUGGGCCAAAAUAACGAAUCUAACCAUGAAAAUGAAUUUGAGCCUAGCAAUGAUUCUGAUGUGAGAAAGAAAAAAAAAGCCGUGCUUCAAAUGGUUCCACAUAGCUCUGAAGGAGAGGAAGAUGUUGUAGCUUCUGUAGUUCAGCCUGAUCAUGUUCAUUUUCUGCCUCAAGAACAUGGUGCACAACAAGCAGAUGAACCUCAGAAGCCAGCACUCUUUGACGGGGGAAGCAGCAUUAAGGAAUCAGAUAGGGAUAAACAGAAAACCUUUCCUCAGGCAAAGGUUGAUGGUGCACCUGUUUCUGAUGGGAUUUUGCCACUCCCAAAAUCUGGAUUGUUGUCUUUGGCCGUUGACAAAGCAAAGCCUCUUAAGCAAGUCAUAACUUUUGAGAUCCUUGUCCCUCUACGCCGUUUACCGGUGAAAGGUGAUAUCCUGGCAUAUCGCUGUGUCGAGCCCUCAUCCUCAAUGUACCCUCAACUUUCGUCUCCUCAAGUUGGAGAGGUUUCAUCAUUUGACUACAAAACUCUUCAAAUUAUAUUGCUCCCAGCGGUAGAUUAUGUGUUUUCAUUAGAUGAGAUUCCACGUGGAACCAUUGGUCAACCAAAUGCUUCACGAUACAAAGAAGAUGGCUCUUUAGAGAUCGAGUUUUUGUCGCUCGUCGACGUACGAUUGGUGAAAGCUCAUGACCAGGAAAAAGAGAAAAAUUGUGAAGAUGAUCAAGCUGUGAAAGAUAAUUGGGAAGAAGCUUCACUCAAGGGAAGCGGGAAUGAGCCCAAUGCUUCCACUGCAGAGCAGAGCAAUAGCUGGGCUCAGUGGAAUUCGAACAAGAAUGCCACAGCAAUGCCUUCGUCUUUAAGCCAACCUAUUACCCACUUUCCAGCAGGAAGGAACAGUGGAAGAAGGGGUGGAAGGGGUGGUCGUCGGGCACCAGUGAGAGGCAUGGACAACAGGAUUCCGAACAGGAACGCAGCAGACUGGAAUCCUAGGAGGAACCAUGGAGCUAGGAAUCCAAACUGGAGCAACACCGGUGUCCCUCCAUUUGACAACCCUGCCAGUCUUCCAUGGCCAUACGGAGGAGCAGAGUUGCCCCCUCACCAUUGGGAGCAUCAUCAGAACAAUUCUUUUUUUCCGGGUGAUGAAUUUUUAGGUCCUGGGAAGUGGUGAGCAGUGUGUUUUUUAGCCUCUAGAAACUGUUUUAUUGCGUUGGUUUUGUUAAUAGGAUAUUGCUACCUGGACAGAGUUAUUGCUACCUGGACAAAAGAGUUAUUGAAUGUUUGGAAAUGAGCAAAUGUUUUGUUCUAA